UGGGAACACGCGUUACAACACGCUACCAGGCGAACUUUGUCGCUUCCUACUUUCCUCCCCUCUCUGUCAUUUGCACUGGAUAAUACACGAUGGCUAUCCGUGUAUUAGAAAUAAUCUUUUUCCUCUAUUUUGCCUCUCACAUUCCCAUCACAUUGUUCAUUGAUUUACAAGCUCUGCUACCCGGGCAUGUGUUUCCUCAGCCGCUGAGAGAUCUUCUGAAGUGGUACGCAGCGGAGUUCAAGGACCCGAUGAUGAUGGAUCCUCCGCACUGGUUCAAGUCUUUCAUUUACUGCGAGGCCGUGCUCCAGAUGCCUUUCUUCCCCGUCGCAGCGUACGCGUUCCUGAAAGGUGGCUGUAAGUGGAUCAGGACUCCUGCCAUUGUGUAUUCUGCACAUGUGGCCACCACACUGGUCCCGAUCCUAGGUCACAUCCUUUUUUAUCCGUUCCCUGUGGAACCCCACCCUGGACCCCAGACCCUGCAGGAGCGCAUGCGGCUGGUCUCCAUUUAUGCACCGUACCUGCUGGUGCCUUUGCUGCUGCUCCUCACCAUGCUGCUGUCCUCCACAUACAACUCUCCGUCCAAGAGUGGAAACACAUCAGCCAAGAAGAAGAAGAAGAAGUGAUUUAUCACCAGACUGCAUCUAAUUCUUUCAGAUUUUAGGAGAUCAUUUUCUACGUUUGUGAAAAUGCCAUUUUUUACGUGAUUUAUGUCUGAGAUGUGUGCGUCAGACUGCAUAACACUAUCAAUGAAGAGCACUGCCAUUGUUAAACCAGUCAGACUGAGCACUUUUAAAAUUACCUUUAAAGUAAACUCUUAACUGUUGAA